AAAUCAGCAAAUAUACAGAUGUUCAAUAGCAGUAGUCAUUAGGAAAUGCACAUGAAACCCACAAUGAGAUUCCACUAGGCACCUGUUAGAACCUGGGCUGCGCUUGUGAUGUCAGCGCUGCUCCGCCUCCAGGAAGGAACCUGGGCUGUGCCUGGCUGGCAGUCUGCUAGCGACUAGAGCGGCAGGGUUCAGGAACCGCAGAAGCUGGAGACUUGGCACCCCAGCGAGAGCCACCAUGGGGGACCAGAGGCCGCAGGACCGGCUGAGGUCCCCGGGCAUGGACUCCAAGUCCCGGUACUGUAACCAACCGUCUUCCAAAGACUUUCAGAUGCGCAAGCACGGGCGCCUGAAGUUCCCAUCCAUGGACACCCAGAACUGGGUAUUUGUGAAGGAGGGCCUGGACGACUUCCGCUACGGCUGUCCGUCUCCCGAAGACACUCUCGUUUGUCGCCGUGACGAGUUUUUAAUGCCAAAAAAACGUCUCAGAGGGUCCAAAGCUGACCCCAAAAGCAGGCAGAAAAAGCUCCUCAAGAAAGCAGCCCUAUUUUCCAAGCUCUCUCCAGCGCAGCUAGCACGGAAGGCAUUCGUAGAGCAAGUGGAAGCCGAGAUCAUGGCCAAGCAUCCCUUGGCCAUGUACCCCAAUCUGGGAAAAGAUCUGCCUCCAGAUCUCCUACUGCAGGUGCUCGAACAGCUGGAUCCGGAGAGGAAGCUGGAGGACGCUUGGGCUCGUUGCGAGGCCCGGGAGAAGACAACGGAGGUACCCACUGAGCCUGGUCAAUAUCCCUGUGGGGAAUUCUGCCGGCAGCCUCCCGAGACUGGAGGGUCCCAUCUGAGCCCGGAGCUUCCUACAACUCUGGUGUCCAGUCUCCACCCGCAGCCUCCCAAGAUUCGUCUGGGGUCAAGUCUCCGACCGGAGCCUCCCAAGACUCGUCCAGUGUCCAGUCUCCGCCCAGAGCCUCCUGAGACUGGCGUGUCCCAUGUCAGCCCGGAGCCUCCCAAGACUCGUCGGGCAUCCAGUCUCUACUCGGAGCCGUCUGAGACUGGCGUGUCCCAUCUCAGCCCGAAGCCUCCCAAGACUCGUCUGGGGUUCAGUCUCCGCCCAGCGCUUCCCAAUACUCUGGUGUCCAGUCUUCAGCCGCAGCCACCCAAGACUCGUCCGGGGUCACGUGUCUGCCCGGAGGCUCCCAAGACUCGUCCGGGGUCACGUGUCCGCCCGGAGGCUCCCAAGACUCGUCCGGGGUCAAGUCUCCACCCGGAGCCUCCCAAGACUCGUCCGGGGUCCAGUCUCCGCCCGGAGCCAUCUGAGGCUGGCGUGUCCCAUGUCAGCCCGGAGCCUCCCAAGACUCGUCGGGCAUCCAGUGUCUACUCGGAGCCGUCUGAGACUGGUGUGUCCCAUGUCAGCCCGGAGCCUCCCAAGACUCGUCGGGCAUCCAUUCUCUACUCGGAGCCGUCUGAGACUGGCGUGUCCCAUGUCAGCCCGGAGCCUCCCAAGACUCGUCGGGCAUCCAGUCUCUACUCGGAGCCGUCUGAGUCUGGCGUGUCCCAUCUCAGCCCGAAGGCUCCCAAGACUUGUCCGGGGUUCAGUCUCCGCCCAGCACUUCCCAAUACUCUGGUGUCCAGUCUUCAGCCGCAGCCUCCCAAGACUCGUCCGGGGUCCAGUCUCUGCCCGGAGCCAUCUGAGACUGGCGUGUCCCAUGUCAGCCCGGAGCCUCCCAAGACUCGUCCGGGGUCAAGUCUCCGCCCGGAGCCGUCUGAGACUGGCGUGUCCCAUCUCAGCCCAGAGCCUCCCAAGACUCGUCAGGUGUCCAGUCUCCGCCCGGAACCUUCCGAGACUGGAACUGGAGUGACCCAUCUGCGCCCCGAGCCUCCCAAGACUCGUCUGGUGUCCAGUCAUGGUCCGGAGCAUCCCAAGACUCCUCCAGGGUCCAGUCUCCGCCCGGAGCCUCCCAAAGCUCCAGAGUCCCAUCAGUUCUCCAAGCCUCCCAAGAAAGAACUGCUUGGGGAGGAUACACCAAGCACAAAUGGGUGCAUUUCUGACUAUCUUCAACCUAGAUACAAAUCCGAAAAACUGCGUGAGUUUUUCAAAUGGGCUGCAGACUUCGGAGUUGAUGAAGAAACCAUUUGGAAUCUGUGUCUAUUUCCCACCAUGUACAGAGCAACCCAUGACGACCAAAAGUUGAAGAACAUAAAGGAGUGUUCCUCAGAGCUGAAGUACACCAUGCAGCUGGGUGAAAAAGACAAGGACAAAUUCUUAUCCCAAGAUAAACACCGGGGCAGGAAAUUCCACAGGCCCUCGAAUGUUUAUAUCACUCAGCCUGUGAAGAUGACGUAUGGAGCAUGGUACCUCAAUCCUAAAUUGUGGAAGAAGCGAAGAAGUGAUGAACCUUUGACUGACCCCCAGCUCGCUGUUAAAAAGUCCGACGAAGCUGACAUCAUGGACGAUCUUUAUGCACCAAUCGCCUUCAAAGAUUUCAUUCUAAAAAAGGGCUAUGAAAUGCCUGGAAUCAUCGAAAGGCUGUUUGCGAGGAAGGGAUGGACUUAUGACUCUGUUAAGACCCCUAUUGAAAGAGCAAUGAAACUUUACAAUUAUGAAGACAUCACAAAGUCACCAGAUUAGGCACUUUUCAAUUGACUACUCG